AUGGUCAAAAGCUUGCAAUUUGCAGCACAGUCAACACUUCAAGACGGCGGCAAACGCACAAAAGUGUAUAAAGUGUUACAGUGAGUGAGCGUUCAGAAGACACGAACAGUGCAGCUAAAUGAAAAUAAAAAGAGGAAGAUUUCUACACAACCACCGCAUUAAAUAAAUAGCUGCGCACCAGUGUCGUACGAUUUCAGUCGCUUCGCAGACAGCACAUCACACAUUAGCCGCCAAAAGCAGCAGCCAAAACUCAAACUCAAAUCCACGUAUCUUCAAAUACAAUCAACAAAUAGCAAAAUGGUGAUCUUACGCCCACUACCCGACGAUUUGGCUAAAACAGCCACCGAAGAGUUGAACGAGAAGCCCGACGACAAUGACUACUUUGUGAAUUCCCUGCGCGAAUGGGCUGAGAAGCAGCCACAUCUGCGCGCGCGCACUGACGAUCAAUUCCUGAUGGCCUUCCUGCGCGGCUCCAAGUUCAGCCUGGAGAAGGCGAAACAGAAAUUGGAAAACUUCUAUAUACUGCGCGCUGCCAUGCCGGAAAUCUUUCGCAAUCGCAAUUUGAGCGAGCCAAAAUACGAGGCGAUCGUUAAAUCGGGUGCUGCAGCUUUUUUGCCCGAACCCGUUGGUGAUGGCGGCCCACUGGUGAUACUGCUGCGCCCCAGCGAAUUCAAUAUGGAGCUACACUCGAUCAAUGAUGUGAUGAAAGUCGGCUCAAUGAUGAUUGAUAUACUUAUGCAGGAGAAUGAUCGUGUCUUCAUCGCUGGUUAUACGUUUAUCAUUGAUCUGGGUAAUAUCUCAAAAUCUGUGCUGAUGAAUUUCGAACCGGAAUUCGUGCGCAAGUUAACCAUACUGGUCAAUAAAGCGGCGCCCACACGCAUGAAGGGUUUCCAUUUCAUCAAUGUGCUGCCGAUUUUCGAAAAAUUAUUCGGUAUGGUGAAGAGUGUGAUUAGUGCAAAGCUGAAGGAUAGGUUCUAUGUGCAUGGCAACAAUUUCGAGGAUCUCUACAAACACGUACCCAAACAUGUGCUACCCAAGGAGUAUGGCGGUGAUUGUGAUGUGAAAAGCCUGGCUGCUGAUUGGUGGCAAAAACUGAAUGAUUAUCAAAAAUUCUUUGAGGAUGAGGAACAAUAUGGCGUGACUGAGGGUUAUGAAAAACUAAAACAAGUGAAACAACUGAUCGAGGAUACUAGUGUGUUGCAAGGCACCGACGGUUCUUUCCGCCAAUUGGAAUUCGAUUAAAGACUAUACGGCGCACUAUAUGCAGUAAUGACGGCCAACCAAAGUAAUUAGUAUCUAUAAUAUUUUAUAUUUUCUUUUUUAAUUUUACUUAUUUAAAAAACUGUUCGAAUGUUAGCAAUAAAAAAUUAUUAAAAAAAUA